AUGAACUCCCACAACUGCGACUCUUCAGAGGACGAGUACGAGGAGGGCAACGAAGAGCUGCUGGACAUGCAGUGUCUCUUCUGCUCGGAGCACUUUCCCUCCUUUGAGGGCACCUUCUCGCAUAUCACCGCCGAGCAUGGCCUCGACUUUGUGGGCACCUGCAAAGGUUCCGGCAAGGUGUACAACACCAUUCAGUUCAUCAAACUGGUCAACUACAUUCGCACAAAGGCCGUCGAAGCGGGCGAGGUGGAGACGGUGAUUAUCAGCAACGCCUAUGACCGCGACGACUACCUGAAGCCCAGUCUCGAGGAUGAUCACUUGUUGAUGUUUGAUUACGACAACGACGAUGAUGAUGAUGACCAUACCGCACAAGGUUCACACGAAAUAGAACAACAUUCACAACAGCCGCCUUCUCAAGAUUCAUCAGCCUCAACUGCUGAACAGAUUGCCGAUCUCGAAACGCACUACAAGGGGGCCUCAAAGGAGGCCGUCAUCGCCGACCUUCUUCAGCUGAAGAGCCGCUACGAGGCUCUGAAGACCCUCUCCGGCGAGAUGAAGCAGUUCAUUCAGGGCAGCAUCGCCGCCGAUGAUCAGUCCACUGCCACAGGCACCACAAACACUCAGGACCAAAGCCUGCGAUCAUCAGACCUGGCCGCCGACGCCGACUACAUCAGCUCCUACGCCCACUUCGGCAUUCACCACGUGAUGCUCUCCGACAGGGCGCGAACACUGGCCUACAAGGACGCCAUCCUGGAGAAUGCGGAGCAAUUCAAGGGGAAGACGGUCCUGGACAUUGGCUGCGGCACCGGCAUUCUCUCGCUGUUUGCCGCCAAGGCGGGCGCCUCGCUGGUGGUGGCCGUCGACCAGAGCGACAUCGUCUACAACGCCAUGGACAUCGUCCGCCUGAACGGCUACGAGGCGGUCAUCCGCCCGGUGAAGGGCCGCCUCGAGUCGCUCGACUUUGCCGCCCUCGGCCUGCCCACCACCUACGACUUUAUCGUCUCCGAGUGGAUGGGCUACUUCCUCCUCUUUGAGGGCAUGCUCGACACGGUUCUCUUCGCGCGUGACCGUUUCCUGAAACCGAACACCGGGCUGCUGCUGCCCAACCGCAGCAAGCUCUUCCUGGCGGCCUUCAGCGACGCGGCCUUCUACGAGCGGCACAUCGACUUCUGGCACGACGUGUACGGCUUCAAGAUGACCACCAUGAUUGGCGACGUGGUGGGCGAGGCGGCCGUGGACUGCCUGGCGGAGGGCACCGUCGUCAGCUCGGCGGAAACGAUCGCCGAGCUGGACAUUGCCCGGUGCAGUCUGGCCGAUGUCACCACGAUCACCUCGCGCGUGCUGGAGCUCAAGUUUGAGAAGGCGGCCACGGUGCAUGGACUGAUUGGCUGGUUCGACGUGUACUUUGACGCCCUCUGCCGGACGGUCGUUCUGAGCACCUCGCCCUUUGCCGAGGAGCCCACCCACUGGAAGCAGACGAUCUUCCUCUUGGCCGAGCCCAUCUCGGUGGAGGCGGGCAAGACGCUGGAUAUUGAGGUCACCGUGGCUCGGGACCGGGUGUCCAAUGGCCGAGGGCUGGUGGUGCAGAUGAUGCUGCUCAACCAGGGAGGUGGAAAUCGCCGCCGUCUGGAGUACAGUAUCAGCUGUUAA